AGAAUUGAAGAUUCACUCACAGGCUACACUGCUACAGUCAUACUCAAACACCACUACCUUUCCCUCAAAAAACAAAAAAACACCACUACCUUAAUCAUAAAGAUAAUCCCAUCAUUCACGUGUUUCAUUCUUAACUGAAUUCCAGUUAAUUUUAUCAUUUCAUAAUUAAAGCAAAAACAAAAAAAAAUCAUUUCCAAAAUUCAAUUAUCUGUUGAAAUAAAAUAAAAUAAAAAGUUUUAUCCAUUCAGCAUUUAAGUUUUCAAGGACUUCUUUAUAAAAAGAGGUUGGUUUGCAUUUAUGGUUUGCAUUCAUUGUGUAGAGUAGAAAGUAGAAGUGGGGUUUUCGGAGGAGUGUAAAAAGAACAAUGGGUACAAGACCUUUGAGCGGCGGUUUGUGGUGGUUGUUAGCGGUGGUUUCAGUGGUGUUUGUUGUUGGUGGUGGAAGAGCAAAUGGGUACCCAAUGGAGGACCUGGUGGUGGAUUUACCAGGGCAACCAAAAGUUGGGUUCAGGCAGUUUGCCGGGUAUGUUGAUGUGGAUGUUAAUGCUGGAAGGAGCUUGUUUUAUUAUUUUGUUGAAGCAGAAAAUAACCCUGACAAAAAACCCCUUUCCCUUUGGCUUAAUGGAGGACCUGGUUGCUCCUCCAUGGGAGGUGGUGCAUUUACAGAAUUGGGACCAUUCUUCCCAAAGGGUGAUGGAAGAGGCCUAAGGCGAAAUUUGAUGUCAUGGAAUAAAGCUUCGAAUCUCCUCUUUGUUGAAUCACCUGCUGGAGUGGGAUGGUCGUAUUCGAACACUUCAUCUGAUUAUAUUACCGGGGAUGCAACCUCUGCUAAGGAUAUGCUCACAUUUUUAGUGAAUUGGUUGGUGAAGUUUCCUGAAUUCAAAUCUAGGGAUCUGUUUCUUACUGGGGAGAGCUAUGCAGGGCACUACAUACCACAACUAGCUGUUGCAAUGUUGGAUCAUAAUGCUCAUUCAAACAACUCCAAGCUCAACUUGAAAGGACUUGCUAUUGGAAAUCCACUUCUUAAACUCGAUAGAGACGUUCCAUCAACAUACGAGUUCUUCUGGUCUCAUGGAAUGAUAUCUGAUGAAGUUGGCCUUGCCAUCAUGAAUAAAUGUGAUUUUGAAGAUUAUACCUUUCCUAGUCCUCAUAACGAAUCUGAUUCUUGCAACAAUGCAAUAUCACAAGCAAACACCAUUGUUGGAGACUACAUCAACAACUAUGAUGUUAUCCUUGAUAUCUGUUAUCCAUCUAUUGUCGAGCAAGAACUUCGCUUGAAAAAAAUGGCCACUAAAAUGAGUGUUGGAGUUGAUGUUUGUAUGACUUAUGAAAGGAGAUUCUAUUUCAAUCUUCCUCAAGUACAGAAAGCUUUACAUGCAAAUCGGACUAAUCUGCCUUAUGAAUGGUCUAUGUGCAGUGGGAUUCUGAACUACAAUGACAGUGAUGGUAGCUUGGAUAUGCUUCCUCUGCUUAAAAGAAUACUCUCAAAUGGUAUUCGUGUUUGGAUUUUCAGUGGAGAUCAAGAUUCUGUUGUGCCAUUGAUCGGCUCCCGUACCCUUGUUCGUGAGCUUGCUCAUGACCUUAAAUACAAGGCCACUGUCCCUUAUGCAGCUUGGUUUCACAAAGGACAGGUAGGAGGUUGGGCAACUGAAUAUGGAAACUUACUGACAUUUGCCACUGUAAGGGGUGCUGCACAUAUGGUACCUUAUGCACAGCCAUCAAGGGCUUUGCACCUUUUCAGUUCGUUCAUUCGAGGUCGAAGACUGCCAACUACAACUAAAUUAUCCAUGGGUGGUUAACUACAUUUAAAACAGAUUUAGUUCUGAAAACUACAACCUGCAAAACUCUAAUAAGAAGAUAGUUUUUAGAUGAUUACUGACUGAUUAGUGCUAAAGGAUACUACAACUUAGGAUACUUGAAUUUUUCGACGAUUUCACCAGCAAGAAAGCUGGCUGGUUCAUAGAUAUCUGUCAUGAGUGACUCAUGAGUGCUGGAAUCGGAUUCAAAGGAGUAAAGAUUCUAAUGAUUUGAGGAUUUGUAAGUUCAUUAGCUUUUUUUUAAAAAAAAAAUGGGAAAUAAUAUUUAUGUUCAACUA